AUGGCCGAGUCCAACUUCGCACACCUGCUGCCGCCGUCCUGGACCAAGCACGUGCAGCUCUGGCUGGAGGACGACAUCCCGAGCUUCGACGUCGGUGGCUUCGUGGUCGGCGAGGCCGAGGAGACGGCGCUGCUGCUGGGCAAGUCCGAGGGCGUGCUGGCCGGCGUGCCGUUCUUCACCGAGGUCUUCCGCGCGCUCGACUGCAAGGUCGAGUGGCUGCUGCAGGAGGGCGACGAGGUGAAGCCCAGCAGCGUGCCCGGCGGCAAGGUGCCGGUGGCCAGGGUCACGGGCAAGUGCCGCCAGCUGCUGCUGGGCGAGCGCACGGCGCUCAACAUCCUCACGCGCGCCAGCGGCGUGGCCACGCAGGCCAAGCGCUCGGUGGAGCAGGCGCGCGCGCUGGGCUGGAACGGUCACGUGGCCGGCACGCGCAAGACCACGCCCGGCUUCCGCCUCGUGGAGAAGUACGCGCUGCUCGUGGCCGGCGCCGCCACGCACCGUCACGACCUGUCGCAGAUGGUCAUGCUCAAGGACAACCACGUGUGGGCCGCCGGCAGCAUCACCAAGGCCGUGCACAAGGCCAAGCAAGCCGCCGGCUUCUCCAUGAAGAUCGAGGUCGAGUGCCGCCGCAUCGAGGAGGCGCAGGAGGCUGCCACGGCCGGCGCCGACAUCGUCAUGCUCGACAACUUCGAGCCCGAGCAGCUCAAGGCCACGGCCGCCGAGCUCAAGAAGCAGUUCCCGCACCUGCUCAUCGAGGCCAGCGGCGGCAUCACGCCCGCGACGCUCGGCCAGUACGUGUCGCCGCAUGUGGACAUCGUGAGCCAGGGCAAGCUGACGCAGGGCUACCCGUGCCUCGACUUCUCGCUCAAGAUCCAGAAGGCCGACGGCGUGCUGGAGCAGUAA